AUCCAGGUCCUCGGGUGGGAUCAGGGGCUCAUGCAACCGAUAAUCCGAGCUGAGGCCCCAAUGGAUGCCUCAAUAUAUGUAUCGACAGACCUGGAUGUCAUGUAAUUAAUUACGUGCAUACUGUACCUUGGUAUCAACUUUGUCUUGGAGUUUCAUUCUUUUUUUCGACCUUGGUUCUUCAGCCGGUGACCAGUUGGACUCCAACGUGAUGGAUCCUAAUUCAGACGAAUACUCAACCACAACUGCCAUUGAUCCAGAAAAUGGUGACAGCUACGCCCCUACUACAGGCGAUGUCAAUGGCCCCACUGCAUCAUUGCACGGGGAAGAGGAAACUGUUGCCCAACUUGCGAUAAGCUUCACUCGCACCAGCCUUGCCUCCAACUCGCACCAGGACGUGAACCCCUUCUUGGCGACUGACCCAACUUUGGACCCGUCUUCGCCUCAUUUCAAUGCAAAACGCUGGGCCAAGGCUCUUCUGAAUUCCUUUCGUCAGGAUCCAGAAAAGUAUCCCCGACACGCUGUGGGCGUAUCCUAUCGCAACCUGGGGGUUCACGGAUUCGGAAGCUCGACAGAUUACCAAAGGGAUGUGUUGAAUAUCAUGUGGCAGUGGCCACUCAUCUUCCAGGAAUGGUUGUCCAGUCGACGAAGCAAGAUCCAGAUCCUGAAGGACUUCGAUGGGUUGGUGAAGCAGGGAGAGCUUCUCCUCGUGCUCGGUCGUCCUGGAAGUGGUGUUUCCACGUUACUGAAGACCAUUUCUGGCCAAACAAGUGGCUUGAACCUCGAUCAGGGGUCGCAAUUCAACUAUCAAGGAAUUCCGUGGGACAUCAUGCACCGGCAUUUCCGCGGCGAAGUCAUCUACCAAGCCGAGACAGAUGUCCACUUUCCUCAUCUGACCGUCGGCCAGACCCUCCUCUUCGCCGCUCUCGCUCGCACGCCGGAGAAUCGACUGCCGGGAGUGUCGCGCAGCAACUACGCCGAGCAGCUUCGGGAUGUGGUUAUGGCAAUGUUUGGAAUAUCCCACACAGUGAACACAAAGGUCGGGAAUGACUUUGUCCGAGGGGUUAGCGGGGGUGAGCGCAAACGUGUCAGCAUCGCCGAGGUGACGUUGAAUCAGAGCGCAAUCCAGUGCUGGGACAACAGCACGCGAGGAUUAGACAGUGCCACAGCUCUGGAGUUUGUUAGGAUCCUCCGACUCUCCACGGAGCUGGGCGGAACAGCUGCUAUUGUGGCAAUGUAUCAGACCUCACAACUCGCCUACGAUAUCUUUGACAAAGUCGCCGUUCUUUACGAAGGAAGACAAAUAUAUUUCGGCGCGAAAGACUCGGCCAAGGCCUACUUCACACACUUGGGUUACCACUGCGCGGACCGUCAGACUACGGCCGACUUUCUCACCUCGUUGACAAACCCUGCGGAGCGAAUCGUGAAACCAGGUUUCGAAACCAAGGUGCCUCGAACCCCGGAUGAGUUCGCAGAGGUGUGGCGAACCAGCGAGACGAGAGCCCGGCUCUUGGAGGAUAUCACGUCCUUUGAACACGAGUUUUCUCUUGCAGAACAGCAAGUGGAGAUGCUCAGACGGGCGAGGAAGGCCCAACAAGCCCCAUUGAUGCGUACCGAGUCUCCAUAUACCAUAUCGGUUCCGAUGCAGAUCCAUCUCUGUAUGACUCGAGGUUUUCAGCGGCUUCGGGGCGACAAGACCUUCUUUUUCGUCACCGUAUUCGGAAACUUCGCCAUCUCCCUCAUCCUUGGCAGCGUCUUCUACAGGCUUCCCCCGGACACUACAAGCAUGAACCGCAGAUGUGUGGUGCUGUUCUUUGCCAUCCUGUUCAACGCACUCAGCAGCGCCCUGGAGAUACUCUCCCUGUACGUGCAACGGCCCAUAGUCGAGAAGCAGUCCAGAUACGCGCUAUACCAUCCCUUCGCCGAGGCUGUGUCCUCCAUCCUCUGCGACCUCCCCUCCAAGAUCCUCUCCACCCUCGCGUUCAACAUCCCGCUCUACUUCAUGGUCAACCUCCGGCACGGCGCGGGAGCCUUCUUCACCUACCUGCUGUUCGGAUUCACAUGCACCCUGACAAUGUCAAUGAUCCUCCGCACUGUCGGGCAGACGUCUCGGACCGUCCACCAGGCCCUGACACCCGCCGCCAUGCUGAUACUGGGCUUGGUGAUCUACACCGGUUUCGUCCUUCCCACGCGGAACAUGCAGGGCUGGUUGCGAUGGAUCAACUACAUCAAUCCCAUUGCCUAUGCCUACGAGAGCAUUGUCGCCAACGAAUUCUCCCGCCGCGUGUUCCCUUGUGCCCAGUUCGUGCCCAUGGGUCCGUCGUAUCUUGACGCCACUGCGCUGGAGCGCACUUGCUCGGUGGCCGGCGCGGCUCCCGGGAGCGACUUUGUGAGCGGAGAUGUCUACAUCAAUCUUGGUUUCGGAUACUAUCGGUUCCACAUCUGGAGAAACUUUGGCAUCCUCAUUGGCUACAUCAUCUUCUUUACGACGGCCUACCUACUCUCUGCCGAGUUUGUCUUCAUGUCCCCUUCAAAAGCGGAGAUUCUUAUUUUCCGCCGCGGCCACAAGAGGAGUCUUGAUUCAACGCCUGUACAAGAUGAGGAGUCUGGGUUUCGCGACAAGCCACGGUCUACACAGCAGGUUGUCACCAGCCUUGGACCGCAGGAUAGCAAAGUGGCCCGAACGGGGGAUAAUAUCCUCCACUGGAAGGACCUGACGUAUGACAUAUCCAUCAAGGGAACACCCAGACGGAUUCUGGAUCGCGUCGAUGGCUGGGGAGCCACCGGAGCCGGGAAGACCACACUUCUGGAUGUCCUUGCGGACCGAGUCCAUGUGGGCGUGGUCAGUGGGAACGUGCUCGUGAACGGGCAUCCACGUGGAAAGUCGUUCCAGCGACAGACGGGAUACGUACAGCAGCAAGACAUCCAUCUCGAGACAUCCACUGUGAGGGAAGCUUUACGCUUUAGCGCGGUUCUCAGACAGCCAUCUACAGCAUCGACGGCAGAAAAAUACUCGUAUGUCGAGGAGGUGAUUCAGCUACUGGACAUGGGCCGGUAUGCAGACGCUGUCAUCGGCGUGCCGGGAGAAGGUCUUAAUGUUGAACAACGAAAACGACUCAGUAUCGGGGUUGAACUCGCUGCCAAGCCGGACUUGCUCCUCUUCCUAGACGAACCCACUUCGGGCCUGGACAGCCAAACCGCCUGGUCCAUCGCCACUCUGAUCCGGAAAUUGUCCAACAACGGCCAAGCCAUUCUAUGCACCAUUCACCAACCCUCUGCGCUUCUGUUCCAGCAAUUCGACCGGCUUUUGCUACUGGCAAAGGGAGGGAAAACCGUAUACUUUAGCGAUAUUGGUGAAAAUUCGCGACGUCUCAUCGACUACUUCGAGGAGCACGGGGCUACUUCAUGCGGAUCGGACGAGAACCCCGCAGAAUGGAUCCUCAAGGUCAUCGGCGCCGCACCGGGAGCAGAAGAGGAUCGGGAUUGGGCAGAAGUCUGGCGGAAUAGUCAGGAAUACAGCCAUGUCCAAAGACAGCUGAGCGACUUGGGAAGCGCAGGGUCAACAGCCCCGCCUCCAGACACAGACAUGGACCACCUCGACACGACAUAUGCUACGCCAUUUCGAACGCAGUUUAUAAUGUGUACCAAGAGGAGUCUAUUCAUCGGCGUCUCUUUCUACAAGGCCGAGCUAUCCAUACAGGGCCUCCAGAACCAGAUGUUCGCCAUCUUCAUGCUGAUGGUCAUCUUCGCCUUCCUGGCAUACCAGACAAUGCCGCACUUCAUAACCCAGCGCGAACAGUACGAGGCCCGCGAGCGCUCGUCCAGAGCCUACGGCUGGUACGUCUUUGUGCUUUCCAACAUCGUGGCGGAGCUGCCCUGGAGCACGCUCGCCGCGCUGCUGGUUUUCCUCCCCUUCUACUACCUCGUCGGCAUGGAUCGGAACGCCGUGCCCACAGACGCGGUCCGCGAGCGCGGCGGCCUCAUGUUCCUCCUCAUCUGGUCGUUUAUGCUGUUCGAGUCGACGUUUGCCGACAUGGUUGUUGCCGGGGCUCCGACGGCGGAAAUAGGGGCUACGGCUGCGCUGCUGCUAUUUGCGCUGUGUUUGAUAUUCUGCGGCGUUAUAGCCCCUCCCGCAGCCCUCCCCGGCUUCUGGAUCUUCAUGUACCGAGUCUCACCCUUCACGUACCUCAUCGGCGCCAUGCUCUCCACCGGCGUCGCCAACGCCGAGAUACGCUGCUCGCAGACGGAACUGCUCCGAUUGAACCCUCCUCCCGGGCAGACCUGCGGCGAAUAUCUCGGGCCCUUCAUGCAGAUGGCGGGCGGCGCGGUCUACAACCCGACCGACAACCAGGCGUGCGAAUUCUGUCCCCUCGCGGAUACGAAUGUCUUCCUGGCCUCUGUGGCCUCUUUCUUUGAUCAGCGGUGGCGCAACUACGGAAUCAUCUGGGCGUAUAUCCUCUUCAAUGCGGCUGCGACGCUGGUCCUGUACUGGCUUGCUCGAGUGCCUAGGAAGCAUGGUUGGAGCAAUGCUAGCAAAAGAUCUAUCGCGCGUUUUAUUAAGACGGAGAAGCCUAACUAGAGACUGGAUCGUGCGAGGGUAUAAUUGGUCGUGUUACAGGUUGGAGAAAAAAAUAUGUGGUUAAAGUUGGUUUGUGAUGUUGAAGCCCACUCAGUCAGUCCUUAUUUCCAUGCGUUCUGCUUCUAAUCAGACUGUUGUCAUAC